AUGGGUAAUUUACCAAGAGAUCGAUUGCAUGGAAAUAGACCCUUUGAAGUAAGCGGAGUGGAUCUCUUUGGGCCUGUUAAAGUCUCACUUGGAAUUCGGGGAAAGCAGCCAAUCAAGAUGUACAUAGCAGUGUUUGUGGGUCGUCGUGGUCCUGUUGUCAAACUUUAUUGCGACAACGCCACGAAUUUUGUGGGAGCUGCUCGAAUCCUGAAGGAGCUUUUGGAACCUGUCGACACCAACGACCAGAGCAUCAUGUCGUAUGCUGCGGCCCACCGAUUCACCAUCGAAUUCAUCCCUCCCAGAGCGCCACAUAUAGGCGGCCUUUGGGAGGCGGCCGUAAAAUCGGCCAAGCAUCUUCUUCUCAGAGCCAUGGGCAGAGCUAUUCUGAAGGAGGACGAACUCCAUACCGUCAUAGUGGAAGUGGAAGCCGUCCUAAAUUCGAGGCCGCUCAUCGUAGACAGUGGCAGUCCCAACGAGGGAGAGGUUGUCACGCCAGCUCAUCUGCUAGUAGGCACAACGCUAGCAACGAUGCCGAUGGCAGCUAGUCUCAGCAAUCAAACAGCGGUUUUGGAGCGACUGGUCGAGGGACUAUCUUUUGAGCCUACAGCAGCGAGGGAAAUGGACCAAAGGCGUGGACAUCCUUCAGAUCGGAACAGUGGUGGCAAUCCACGAAGACAACGUUCCCCCCCAGCUGUGGAUAAUAGGCAUAGUCGUAGAGGCCAUUCCAGGACAUGA